AUGGAGUUGCCGAAGCUCAUCGAAGACUUUGAGCGUCUCGUCGAAUCGCUGGAUCGCGAUGAGAAGUUCAAAUACGGCCUCUAUCAUAUUCUUGAGAGUUUCGCCGGCGAGGUGAACUACGACGAGGUCGCCCGCGGGAUCUAUCGUCGACGAGCUCGAACGAUGAUGAACGAGGUGGCGGCGUUUGUCGUCAUCCGACGGCCCGGCUUCAAGAUCUACUGGAAUCAUCACUUUCUGCCCGCCCUUAAACACCUGAACACGAUGGAGAUCGAGUUGCAAGACGUCGAGGAGGAGGACACCAAGAAGCGCAUCAGAAUCAAUUCGAUGAAGGAUUUGAUAUUCAGCGGGCUCGGAGAGAGUGCUGGACGUUGGGAGGAAGAGGGUGAAGAAGAGGCUCACUUCGAAGCCAUCCGUCAUCGCGAAUUUCGCGAGGUGGAUUAUUUAAGGCAGUGCAUGGUCCUUCAGGAGAUUGAGGAAGGCGGCUCGGCGUCGGAGACCGACGCCGCAAUGGAAGGCGAGGAGGACGAUGACGAUUCUGAGGAGGAGGAGGAGGAGGAUGAUGAUGAGGAGGAAGAUGAGGAGGAUGCGAUGAGCGAGGAUCUCAGCGAUGUUGAAAUGGAUUUGGAUUCGAGCUUCUCCGACGCCAACGACGCUGAUGAUGAAGGCGCCAGCGAUACCGAGAGCGAGAUGGAGAUUGACGAGGAUGACUCGUUCGAUGAGUUUGAGUUUGACGACGAGCUUCGCGCUGAUGACAGCGAAUCGGAUGCUGACAUCACGAUGACCCCAUAA